AUGCUGACGUGGAAUAGGAGUAAUGUCGUCGGUUGGGAUGGAAGAUACAUGUUGGCCUGCUAUGCAAUUCCCCUGACACUGGAUAAGUCCACGAUCUGGUUUCGAAUCUCGUUGGAGGUGUUGAUUAAGCCCGGUCCAGUCGGGAUGCUAAAAGCUUUUUGGAGACCCACUAAUUUUGUAUUCAAGAAGUAUUGACCCUGUGUCCAGAUCUCGGCCGUAGCGCUCGAGACGGUCCAUCUCCACGAGCCAAUCAACUCACUCCAACUGGCAUCGAGUGAAAGGAAAGCGCUUCUGUCGCCCACAAGAGUACACAAUAGCAGAAGACGUUUUGUUCAUCCUAAAGUGCUGGUUGUCGGGCGGAGUAUUGCCAAAUUGGCCUCUUCGGCUGUCCGUUGGAUGGCCGGACCUAGUUGCAAGGGUGCAUCCCUGGCUCCAGAAGAGACAAUGGAGCUCUGGGCAGAUGAGCAGAGUCUGGUGCAGAACUAUUUGAGAACUACGAGGUUGUCCCUUUUUCAAAACUACACAUCGUCUGCCCACGUGUCGCGCCGCUCUUCUGCUAUUCGACCUCCUUUGGCCGAGGAUUUUAGGCGUAUCGUCGUCUGGUGCCUCAGUGAGAAGCCAUCACACUGCCGACGUCGACAUGUUGCCGGGGCCGGGAAGGACGGGCAAGACGAGCACUCCCCGUCUGGCGGACAGCAACUCCGGCAGCGAGUCCUCUUCAUCGCAAUAUGCUCCGCUUCGCAUGAACCGGAUCUACAGGACCGUUCGAGGUGGGUGCCGUCUGGAUUAGGCUGA